GUGAGCGCGCAGCCGUCUGCGCAUGGACUGCAUCUGUGCGCUUUUUCCUGCCAAAAGACGCACCAGCGACGCUUUUUAAAACGUGCUCUGUCAAAAGAAAAGACGUAGGCUGAUAAACACCAAGCACUUCUUGAGGAAACCGAAGCAAGUGGACAGGAUGCUGAGCUCAGGCAAAGCAAGAGUAUCCAAGCAAGUGGGGGAGACGCAGGAAACAGUGCGGGAGCGACCCACUAGUGCCGCUGGACAAAAGCACCUGCUCCAGAGGAACCCUCCGCAUCCUCUGGCGCGUCUUUCCUUAUUUUAAACAGUUGGAUUUUUCGCUGAUGACAUACAUCUGCUAUCCACAGUACGAAAUAUGGGCGCAAUGACACUGAUGGACGUACAUUACAUUUGAAAAACACAUUUGAAACCAAGAGAAGAAAACAAAGGUUUUAAAUUAUUGUGACCAGAGAGAUCUGCAGAAAUGGCUGACGGAGUCUCGUGGCUCUAUAUAUGCAUGGAGGUGCUGAUAGCUGUCGCCUCUGUGAUUGGGAAUGUGAUGGUGGUUUGGGCGGUGAAAAUUAAUAAGUCCCUCCGAGACACCACGUUUUGCUUCGUCGUCUCCUUGGCUGUGGCGGAUAUUGCAGUGGGAGCGCUCGUCAUCCCCCUGGCCAUCACGGUCAGCAUCGGACUUGAGACUCACUUUUACAGCUGCCUGCUUUCAACGUGCAUCAUGCUCGUCCUGACGCAAAGUUCAAUCCUGGCUCUGUUGGCCAUCGCGAUUGACCGCUAUCUCAGGGUCAAGAUCCCAACCAGGUACAAGCGGGUGGUGACCUCUCAGCGUGCUGCCCUGGCUGUGGUGGUAUGCUGGACUGUGGCAUUUAUUGUGGGACUAACACCCAUGUUAGGCUGGAACAAGCUAAAGGAGCAUCAGCAGCAGAAUGGCUCAAACAGCUCGAACCCUAUUGUCACCUGCAAGUUUGAAGAAGUCAUUGGUAUGGACUACAUGGUUUACUUCAACUUUUUCGGCUGGGUGCUGCCGCCACUGCUGCUGAUGCUGGUCAUAUAUAUUGAGAUCUUUUACAUGAUCCACAAGCAGCUUAACAACAAGAAAAUCACCUCCAGCUACUCAGACCCAAACAAGUACUACGACAAAGAGUUGAAUCUUGCCAAAUCUUUGGUUUUGGUGCUUGUCCUGUUUGCCAUUAGCUGGCUGCCUCUUCAUAUAAUCAACUGCAUCACACUCUUCUGCAAAAGCGCUGCUCCGCAGGUUCUGCUCUACAUCUCCAUCCUGCUCACCCAUGGCAACUCCGCUGUAAAUCCAAUCGUCUAUGCUUUUCGGAUCAAAAAGUUUCGCACCGCAUUUCAUAAAAUUUUGCAGCAGUACUUCUGCUGCAAGAAGACGCAGAUGCUGGACUUCCAGCAAAGUGACAGAAAAGACAUGACUAAUAUGGGACCGCCGUCGUCCUCUCCACAGCAACCCACUCAUAUAGGGGACUUUAAAUCUUAUCCUCCACUUGAACUGCAGCAGCAGCCUCCACAGACACUCCAGGAGGAGCAGAAGAUUAAAACACCUCAGCAAACAUACAAUUUUUCCCAUUUCACGGAGCAGAACGCAUCCUAAACAAAUGAGAAAACAAAUGAGAAAACUGGAUGGACAAGUAGGCUCCCUUCUUAUUUGAAUGUAAUUUAAUGAGACUGAUGGAUUAAAGCACAAGACUACAAAGCUCUUGCGAUUAGCAACAUGGGUCUCUGGAAGAAUUUCUUGGGAAGAGCAUGCAGAAAAAUAUUGCAGGAAGCCUGCAGUAAUAUAAGUAUUUGACUAUGUGCUUUUCUUAGUAAGAUAAUGAGUUCAUGGCACUUCAAUUGUCUUAUUCUUUAUGAUGAAACGUUUGUGUGCAAUAUAAGUUAUUGUGGUUUAUCACUAUCAAAGUCUCUAUCUUAUAACUUGCCUGAACAUUUAUACAUUAAAUAGAGAAGGGUAAUAUUACUAUUUAAGACUGUAUAUUUUCACUGACUCCUGCAAAAAAAAAGAAAAAGAGAUUGUAAUCAUGUAAAUAUGAGACAACAUUCAGCUGUGAAUACUCGACUAAUCUUCAGGGUCUAAACUGUACAGCAGCGUGUGCAAGGAGCAGACUCCUGAGGUUAAGAAAUAAGGGGUGUUGUAUGCAGUUAGUGUCUCUCAGCUCCAGCUUUGGCCUCAGGUGAUCGAACUGCAGAUUUCCACUGCAGAAGGAGUGAAUGGUGAUAAAAAAAACGAGCACACGGAGGUUUUAAAAUUACAAAAUAAAAGUAAUACAUGUAGGACAUUUGUAGCAGCGGACAGUCAGUAUCCUGUAAGUUUUCUUUUCAUCAUUGGCAACAGUUUACUAUCACCGACUGUGGCUUUCUUGGCCUUAUUCAAACAUUUAAAGAAUACUGAUUCAAUACUGAAAUGUCAGCCUGAAGAUUGUGAGGUUUCACUAUUCUGUAAGCUCGUUAUUUUUGCAUAUUGCCAAACUGAAGCAUUUUAAGACUGAUAAUUAAAAAAAUGUCAAAUUCCUCUUAAACACACUAUAAGAGAAAGUAAUGCUGUUUUUGUCUUUUGUGAAGCAUUCUGGCCAUAACUGAUUAACAGUCUCGCAUUUUUUAGAUAAAUCUGGGUUUUUGAAAUGAAGUUAUGUGGUUAACAUCUGGCAGUUGUUAAUGCUGUUGACAGCCUCAUUCUGAAUACAGAGCAGCUAAGAGCUGUCAUCUACUUCAAGAUGGUCAAAUGGUCUCAUCUCUUACGACAUUAGUCUAAAAAAUCUUAGUGUUUAUGAGAAUUAUUUUUUUUUAAACUACGCCAUUGAAACAUUUGUAUGUGGUCUGCCACAAAUGAUUUCUCCUUCUCAAAAUGAAUGUACUUGGAACAAAAGAUCUGAGGAGUUACCAGUUUAGAAAAAGAACCUAUUAAAAUCAAUAUUUUCAUUUAAAAUGAUUGUAACAUGUUUGAAAAGCAUAAUUAUAUUUGCUGGAAUAGAUUCUGAGUUUCAAGAGAUAUCAAAGGUAAAAAAUAUAUAUAUAUAAAUAAAUGAAUAAAUAAAUAAAUACAUUUUUUUUAGUUAAAGAUUUUAUUUGUUUAGAUUUAGAUGCCUAUAUUUAUAUGAUGACAUGAUUUAAGGUGUGAAUUACCCUAAAAUGUGCAGUAUUGUUUAUGAAAGAAAGAUUAAACCUUUCCCCAUUUACUAGAUCAUUUUGGCAGGCAUGGGGAACUAGAAUCACCUUGUUUCAUUCUUGGCAUGUUUUUCACACAGUAGUAGUAAACUAUUGUGACGAUUAAUUUCCUAAAUACAUAUGAUGGUCCUGGUCGCUCUGUCUUGUAACCUUUCAAUAGAACCUCGCCAAAGCAAUUCCUUGAAGGUCAGCAUUUUAGUAGAUGAUAUGAAGAACAUUUUGAUACCUAUAAAAAAUGAAAAGGAAACUUCAGAGGAGUCCUAUAAAUGAGUAUUGAUAACACAGUCGAGCUUGUCUUUUUAGAACCUGCGGUUGUGAACUCAAGAUGAUUAGCAGCAGGAAAUAUGAUUUGAACGAAAGGUCAGGUAGACCAGUCUGUGUUCUAUUCAUUUGCAGAGUAAAUUAUUGUAAAUAGCAACCCUGGCAAGCCACAAAUUACUGUUGCUAGACACAUCCACGCAAAUGGAGCAUUUCUGAUUAUUUUUUGUGCGCUCACAGGAUAUGCAGCGUUAUGAGUCAUUUCAGCAAUGGGUUUGGGUAGUAAAAGUGUUAUUUCUUUAAAUUUGUUUCUUUAGUAGAACAGAAAGACAUUGAAAUACAAAAAAUAAAAAUCCAAUAAAACAUGAGAAAUUUAAAUGUUUGAAAUGUCCAAAGGAAAUUGCACUGUGUGAAGUUCUACAUUCUAUAAAACAACUGGAGUUACAUAUGCACCCAUGUUGUUCUUUUUGUACAAAAUGCACAAACUGCUUAAAAAUUUAUAUAAAUGAGUGGUUGUUUGCAAACUAACUUAGAAACAUGCAGUCCUUCCAUUCUUGAUAAAGAUGUGUAAAAAGCAGGAAGAUAUGCUUAUUCAGCAAAGUCAGCUAAUAUAUAACAAAAGCACAAUUAAAAAAUAGCAGGUUGCUAUCAAAGUGUUGAACAAUCAAAGACAGAGAAUAAACCAGAUUUAUAUCGUACAUUUUCUGGUAGAAAACACGAUGACAUAAAAUUGAAAAUGGUCCUAGGAAUUUCUGAAAAGAAGCUGUCCCACAGCAACACAGACCCCCUACUAUGCUUAGCAGCGGACAUGUGUUUUUUUGUUUUGGUUUUUUAGUAUCUAUUUUUUGUUUAACACCAAACCAACAGUAAGAAUUUUCUGACACAUUGUUUACCAGACAAAAAAGUCUCACUGAUUUAAAUUCCAAGAAACUUUUAACAAUUCUGAAAAAGUAAAGUAUAACUUAUAAAAUUUAAGAUAAACAUUUUUUGUUUGUUUUUAUCAUUUAAAAGCAACAUCAACAACUGUACCACUGGUGAUCUUGUAAAAGCAAAAAAUCUUUACAAUAACUGACAAUACAAGUAAAGUUUUAUUUUCUAUGAGAGAAAAUGUGGUUUGUUUGAACUCAGCCACUCAAAUUGUAUAUCUAUUUAGUUAUUUCCCGUAGAAAGUAAUGUUUCUUUUCUACUGUUUCCUCAUUAUGAUUCAUCACUUGAGAUACAAUUGUUUGACCACAAUCACCAGCUCUAAGCCUUUGAUAUUCCUCAUUGCCUUGCAGAUUGCUGCAGCAGAGGGCUUUCAGGGUCCUUUUCUAACACAGCACAGUAAUGCAGCUCGUGCUUGUUAAGAGAAACAUUUUUUGUUCCCAUCAUGAAAAAACCUAAAUUCUUUGAUAGGUUGAGACAUGAAAUUUCUCAUAACUCAUGUAAUCUCAGUAAACACUUCCCAUGCAAUGCUGUGUCUCUGGCAAGUUUCCUCCUAACAAGUUGCCAACAUGAUAGCUUUACUCUCUACACUAGGAUAUAACAUUCCCAAGAAUUCCCACAGCAGAAUAUGUGGUCCUGUUUUACGCAACACAAUAUUGAACCAAAACCUUUUAGAAAUCAAUGGCCAAGUUUGAUAAUGGUUUGAAAAUGAUGUUAAAGAGUAUAGCUACAACAUUUCAAUAUAAGGCCAUUCUUACGCUGAGCGUAGAGAGUGGGAUCAAAUAUCAAUAUGUUGAAGAGUAUUUCUGAAAUGAAAAUACUAGAGUUGUGUUUUCCAGCUGGACGACUAUGACCUUUCCCUUAAGCCACAAACUGUCUGUGGGUUUAGGUGGGUAUUAGCUACAGGUUCUACAACUAAUCAGAUUUACAGUUGCAAAACAAAAUGUUAUCAAAAGAAUAUAUUAUAAAAAAAAUUAUAAAGAGUUAUUAGACACAUAUCAUGGUCUCAUAACCUUGAUAAAAAAUGGCUGGGCUGAGAAUCCUACCUCCUUAAGGACCAGCAUGAAGGUUUAACUGACCAUAUUCACUGUUUGGAAAAUUAGACUAGUUAAUUAUGUGUCUGAUGAAUGUUACUAAUAACAGCACAAGUGCCCCUUAUACUCCUGACCCUUCCCUUUGGUGGACUGCACAUGUACUGAUCAAUAAAUGCCUCUGGUCUGUUUAUUUCUGUCAUGUUUUAUGCUGAUCAUCUUGCACAGUUAUCAACCUUCCAAAGACAUCCUGCAGCUCGAGCAAUGCUGCAGGCUAAGGAAGAAAUGCAUGGCAUAAUAUCUAUGCCACCUAAUAAAAUUUCUUAAGGUAAACAUGGGGAAGCAGUUUGAUCUACUGUUGGCUUUCAUCAGGCAGGAAUAAUGAGUGAACUACAAAGUUCCCCAAGGAAAUUUUGAAGCUGCCUGCCACUUGGUGCGUAGUUGUUAUACUGGCAGCAAAGGCUUCAUGGAAAUAGUUAGAUUCAACUCAUAUGAGGAGUGUGAAGCCUUAUGGCAACUUAUGUCUCCAUACUUGGUACCAACUAGCGCUGCCAUACCUCGUGGUGGUGCCUGUCAGAAAAGGCUUUUCCGAAAAGGCCGUGCUCGUCUAAUUUGCUAAAGUGAUUGAGUUUGGGUUUUAAUGCUUAGCCAUAUGCCUCUAUGACUUGCUGUGUAUAAUGUUAAGGCUUUUGUUUGUUCGAGUACAUACAUUUUGAAAUUUGCAGUGGGAUGUGUUGUGAAAAGGCCGUAAUAGUCUAAUUUCAAGAAAGUGGUUUUAGUUGAGCAAAAUUAACAUUGAUAUAACAAGAAUAAACAUAAAUAUAAAGGUAAAUAUAAAUAUAAAGGUAAAAUAAAGGUAUAAAGAGUCCUUUUAAUUCACAGAAUGAUAAUAGGUUUCUCCAUGCAAUGAGAAGGAACAUGGAAUGCCAUGGCAAUGCUCCUUUGCAUUGCUUUGGCAGGUACUAAAAAGAAAUUGUAUGCUUCUGUGUUUCAGUUUGUGCUCCACAACAGGAAUAAUUGCUCUUGUAAGAAUGCUUUUUGCUACUGCAACAUCUGUUGUAAGGAAAAGCUGUUAAACAAUACAGCUGAGACCAGGAAACCUUUCACACCUCGGUGGUGCUACAAUGUAAAGUGCAGAAUCCACUGUUAAUUGUGAGCAUUAGCUCUGCAUGUUUGACUUCUAACAGAAGCGAUCCGUCAUAAAAGAAAAACAAGCACGCUGAUUCUGCAUCUGUGUCAAGCUCUGCUGUAGUAUAUAUAUAAAACAAAUCAGAGGGAAUGAACCCCAGGUUGGCAUCACAGAUAAUUAUGGCGCUUGCAUCAACAAUGAUAUGCAGAGAAAAUUAUAUGCAUAGAAAAAACAAUCAGACCAUCUAAAUUUGCAGCAGAUGGAAUAUGUACACUCAGUAUUAGCCAGCGAGGUAAACAGAAAUUAUGUCUAACAUGAUUUAGAAUAACAUCUGGAACAAUGCAAAGAGAACCGA